AUGGCCCUCGACUUUAAUAACAUCAAGAGUUGCAUCGUUGCAACUCUUGAUCCGGAUGGCGCUGUCCGGCAGACGGCCGAGGCCCAACUGAAAAGCGCCGAGACCCUCAAUGGAUUUACCGAUGUCCUCCUCACCAUUCUCGAGACCGAGCACAGCCAAAAUAUCAAGCUUUCUGCCGCCAUCUACGUAAAGAACCGAGUGAACCGGGCAUGGACGUUUGUGGAUGUCUACCCCGACGAGCGGCUACUUACCGACGAGGAAAAGGCUCAGGUGCGAGACCGGCUGCUACCCAUUCUGGGCGCAUCACCAGGCCUUGUCCGACAGCAACUGGUGCCCCUGCUACAACGCAUCCUGCAUUGGGACUACCCGGCACAAUGGCCGACCUACAUGGAAUACACCAUGCGGCUGCUUAGCACGAAUGACAUCCAAGGCGUCGUGUCCGGCAUCCAGUGUCUGCUCGCCGUCUGUCGCACAUACCGCUUCAAGGCAUCUUCCGGCGUCAGCCGUGACGAGCUUAACAAUAUUGUCGAGGCAUCCUUCCCCCAUCUUCUGCUCCUCUGUCAGCAGCUGCUGGACCUCGACAGUGAAGACGCUGGCGAGAUGCUGCACCUGGCCUUGAAAAUCUACAAGCAGGCUGCCUGGCUGGACCUGCCGGCGCGUCUGAGAGCAGACAACAUCGAGUGGUGCACCGUCUUCCUGCGCACCGUUUCGAAGGAACCGCCGGCCUGCUCUAUGGCCGAGGACACGGCCGAUCGCGAGAAGCACCACUGGUGGAAGGCGAAGAAAUGGGCGUACUUCAAUCUCAACCGGUUGUUCAUGCGUCACGGCAACACAUACACUGUCACGACGGACAAUCGCGACCAGAUUGCGUUUGCCAACAACUUCACGGCAACGAUUGCACCCGAGAUCCUCAAGGUCUACCUGCAGCAGAUCGAGCGUUGGGUGGCGAAGCAGAUCUGGCUCAGCCGCACAUGUCUGUCCUACACCGUCGUCUUCCUCGAGGAGUGCAUUCGGCCCAAGGAGAUGUGGCCACACCUGCAGCCACACCUGCCGAACCUGCUCACGCACCUGCUGUUCCCCCUGCUCUGCCUGUCGCAGGAGGACGUAACGAGCUUCAGCGACGAGCCGGACGAGUACCUGCACCGCAAGCUGAACUUUUAUGAGGAGAUCUCAUCACCGGAUGUUGCCGCCACCAACUUCCUCGUCUGCCUGACUAAGGCUCGGCGCCGACAGGUGUACGAGAUCCUCCAGUUCGUCAACAAUAUCGUGACUGCGUACGAGCAGACGCCGCCGGCCGAGCGGGACUAUAUCGCCAAGGACGGCGCCCUGCGUCUCAUCGGCACGCUGGCGCCGAUCCUGCUGGGCAAGAAGAGCCCGAUUGCAGAGCAGGUGGAGAUGUUCCUGGUUCGCUACGUCCUGCCGGACUUUUCGAGCGACAAGGGCAUUCUGCGGGCGCGGGCCUGCGACACGAUCGAGAAGUUCGAAUCGCUGGACUGGCGCGAGCCGGCGAACCUGUUUACGGUGUACCAGAGCAUCAUUGACUGCAUGAACGACACGGAACUGCCGGUACGGAUAACAGCAGCCCUGGCGCUGCAGCCGCUGAUCCGACACGACGCCAUCCGGGAGCACAUGCGGGCCAACAUCCCCAGCAUCAUGAGCCAGUUGCUCAAGCUGGCCAACGAGGCGGACGUGGACGCGCUGGCGAACGUGAUGGAAGACUUUGUCGAGGUGUUCUCCAAGGAGCUGACGCCGUUUGCGGUGGCGCUGAGCGAGCAACUGCGCGACACGUACUUGCGCAUCAUCCGCGAGCUGCUGGACCGGGCCAGCCGACUGGACGACGACGCCGAGGCCAACGACGUGGUGGACGACAAGAGCAUCACGGCGCUGGGCGUGCUGCAGACGAUCGGCACGCUGAUCGUCACGCUGGAGAACAUGCCGGACGUGCUGCACCACAUUGAGAGCGUGAUCAUGCCGAUCAUUCGGGUCACGCUGGAGAACCGGCUGUACGACCUGUUCAAUGAGGUCUUUGAGAUUGUCGACAGCUGCACCUUCUCGGCCAAGCAGAUCUCACCGGUCAUGUGGGAGGCCUUUGACCUCUUCCACGCCACCUUCAAGGCCGGUGCCGAGCUGUAUCUCGAGGACAUGCUGCCGGCCCUCGACAACUUUGUGCAGUUUGGCGCCGAGCACCUGCGCCAGAACCGGGCCCGCGUCGACGCGCUCUACUCCAUGGUCAACGGCCUUUUUGCCGACCCGAAGGUUGGGGGCGCCGACCGGGUGUGCUCGUGCCGUCUGGCUGAGGCUAUGAUGGUCAGCCUGCCGGGCGCCAUCGACGACAUCGUCUCGCGCUUCAUCCGGCUUGCCCUGGCCGCGCUGUCGAGCGGGGUGAUCAACGCCGACGGCACCGUCACGCCCAGCAGCGAGUUCCUCUCGACCGGUGCCGCCUCGGCCGUGCACCAGGUCCAGCCGCGCAGCUAUCGCGUCCACCUGAUGGAGAUGAUCAUCAGCGCCAUCUUCUACAACCCGCAGCUGACGCUGGCCGAGCUCGAGGCCACCGGCUGGACGAACCGCUUCUUUACCAUGUGGUUCGGCAACAUGGACAUUUUCACGCGCGUCCACGACAAGAAGCUGUGCAUCUCGGCCAUCAUCACGCUGCUGUGCCUGCCGCCCAGCAAUAUCCCCCCCAGCGUCUCGGUCGGCUGGCCGCGUCUGCUCAAGGGUAUCACCACCCUCUUCCGCACCCUUCCGGCGGCGAUACAAAACCGUGAGGAUGCCCUGAAGGACGACUUCCAGUUCGGCUCCGGAGGCGACGACGAGUGGGACGAUCAAGACGAAGGCUGGGUCGAGGAGGAGGCCCCCUUGGAAGAGACCGACCCUAGCAUCAAGGACGAGAACACGGCCUACAUUGACUUCCUCAGCGAGGAGGCUCAGAAGAUCGAGCGUCUGCGCCUGCAGACAGAGCCGGCCGACGAGCUUGGCGAAGAGAGCCUGUUGUUGGAGUCUGCGCUUGACAAGAUUGAGCCCUAUAUGUUGUUCAAGACCACAAUUACCCGUCUGCAACAAGCCGAGCCGCAAUACUACCAAUCGCUGCUGUCGCAUCUGUCGCAGGACGAGCGAGACACGAUCGAGACUGUCUUCCAGCAGGCCGACCAGGAGGUCGUGAAUGCUCAGUCCCAUAUGAAGCAAGUAGCAGCCGCGGCCGCGGCUGCGAUCACAGCUCAGAACGGCACACAGGGGUCACAGUCGAUGAACUCCCCCAGCUAA